AUGAGUAAAAAAGUGAAUCGACGUGAAAUGGCCUUUCAUGUGAGCACAAUCAUUCAAUUCCUCGUUCAAGCAGUUUCCGCUGGGGAUUAUGUGAGUUUUGGAGUAGAUUUUGGAGUGCUUGGAUCGGGUCGCUUUUGGCCUCAAUUCGAAAUCUCAAACUCGAUUUCGGCUUUUGGAUCAACUGAGCUUAGCCAUGUCCAGUUCAGAGGAAUGCAGCGAAAGCUGAUUGCAAGCAAAUUCAGCGAAAAGCAAAAGUUA